AUGUCCUCGUAUCUACUUUUCGCUGUUCUUCUUGGUUUAGCUGGUUUAACCAGUGCCAUAAAAUGCUAUUUAGGCACCCCUGACGGUCAAGGAAAAGUACAAAACACAACGGAAUGUCCCGGAAAAUUCUGCGUUAUAGUGCACCCAAAACCAAAUAUUCACGCGCCACCUAUACAUGGAUGUGAUAUUUUUAACGCAUGCAAGAAUGAUGGUUGCACUAGCCAAGACGAAGCCGACGCUACAUUGUGUUGCUGCAGCUAUGAACUCUGCAAUUCUUCGUCGAUGCUGGUAGCACUUCCUGCUGUGGCCACAAUUGUUUUUUCCAAGCUUAUGUUCUGA